AAUAGCCAGCGACUCCUUUCUCUUCGGCACCCAAGCAAAUCGAUGUCCAAAACAAACUGGAUCCAAACCCUAAGCCGGCGAUGGAAGAGAUGGUGAGCAGCGGGCUGGCGGGGAUGGAUAUCUCCGGCGGCGAUAGCGACGGGGCUCCGGCCAGAAAAAGAGGGGAGAAGACCAAGGAAGCGAGGAGGGAGAAGCUUUCCAGGGGUCCUCCACCGUCGCCGUCCGGCGAGGGGUUGGAGGAGGAGCCACCGGAUACGGAGGCCAGGGAGGAAGAUGAGAUCCCAUGCUACCGCCUGCUGUGGGACAGCCGCUACGCCGGCGAAUUCGGCUCCUUCGACGACCACACACGUCUUGGUCCCAUGCGCUUUACAUCCGGACCCAUCCCGCGACACGCCAGACCUGAGUGUACCAUGAACAUCUACUACAUCCGAGUGUACGGCCUAGAAGACGGCCUCCAGUGGCCGCUGCACGUCCAUGGCCUGGUCGCGGCCAGGGAUUCUGCAGAUCACAAUCGCAACUUUCUCUUCAACCGCACAAGGGAUAACUGCCAAAUCCUCACCCAAGAGGAUCCGCAUCUGCUCUUGACAGGCCCAUGUCGUGCGGUCGUGAUAAUUGACCCAAUUACGAUCGAAUUCCAGCUAAAAGUGAGGAGCAGAACAGAGCCUGAAGAAGACGAGCUAUUGGCUUUCAGAAUAUUCAACUACCCCCAGACUUACCUCUCCAAGCAUGUUAUCCAAUCAAGUAUCCUCUGCAAGCGUUGCAUGAUCGAGUUUGCUUACGCGCCGUUGGUCCCUUCAGUUGAGGCCACUGUCAGCAUCGAGGUCAUCGAUGGGGUGUGGCCGGAGCAUAUCAGGGGGCGUGUCAUCGCCUGUAUCACCACCGUGAGUGAAGGCGAGAUGCUGUUACUCGAUUCUCGAGAUGGAAUGAUGCCAAUCAGCCCUUCAACCCGCAUUAUCGAGCUCUCCAGGCGUGUCGUUUCUGUGGAUCUCAAGGGAGGAAAGCUGCUGGUUUCUGUGGCGCCGUCUCAGAUUGGUGAAGUAGACAACAACAAUGAUGAUGAUUUUGUGCGAGGCGAGUCCGUCUUCGAGCCCAAAAGGGCUGGCAAGAGCCAUAACAUGUGUGAUCUUGGCUUCUGCAAGAUAGAGGUUACUGUUACUUGGUCCCUUCUUUCGAACCUGACGGACGAGUGGCGUGCCGGCUUGAAACGCACGGACAAAAGGCAAUGAAUGAAUAUUUUCUUCCGUGGUGCUCAUCAAGCAAGCAUUGGAACAGUGUUUCCAUGCCUGUUUAGCUUUUUCUUUUACUAGUAGUGUCCUGUAACCACUGAACUAUUGCUCCGCACUACUAAUCCUAGUCUCUUUUUAUCUUU